AUGGAGGCCGGGGACGGGAAGGAGGAGAGCCCACAGCCCAUGGGACUGAGCAGCUUCCAGCUCUCCGAGGAGUAUGGCUUCCUUCUGCCCAAACCUCUGACAGAGCUGCCACCUCCCUACAGCCCUUGGAUGGACAUUGCCCAUGAGCUGCCCCAGCUGAUCGCCAGCCACCAGCUCCGUGCACGCAUCCACCAGAUGCCACAACUGAACACUCAACACCUCCAAGGACGAGAGGAGCUGCACCUGGCCCACCUGGUGCUCAGCUUCCUCACCAUGGGCUACGUCUGGCAGGAGGGCGAGGAGGGCAGCAUGAAGGUGCUGCCCCGCAACCUGGCCGUCCCCUUCUGGGAGGUGUCACAAGCUCUAGGGCUGCCCCCCAUCCUCACCCAUGCAGACUUCGUCCUGGCCAACUGGAGGAGGAAGGAUCCCAGCGGGCCUCUGGAAAUUAAGAACCUGGAGCCCAUCAUAUCACUGCCUGGGGGAGAGAGCCUGCGUGGAUUCAUCCUCGUCACGCUCCUGGUGGAGAAAGCAGCUGUGCCUGGCAUCAAGGCCACCAUUCAGGCCAUUCACGCCCUCCAACACCUUGAUGAUGAGCGCCUGCACCGAGCCCUGCAGGGGUUGGCAGCAGCCAUUGGAGACAUGGACAAAGCCCUGCAGCGGAUGCACGAUUACGUGGAUCCAGCAGUAUUUUACACUGUGAUCAGGAUCUUCCUCUCCGGCUGGAGGGACAACACAGCCAUGCCCCACGGGCUGCUCUAUGAAGGCGUCUCCGAGCAACCCAUGGCAUUCUCAGGAGGCAGCGCAGCACAGAGCUCCGUGCUCCACGCCUUCGAUGAGCUCCUGGGGAUUCAACACAGCCAGGAGAGCACCACGUUCCUGCACAGGAUGAGGGACUACAUGCCCCCUCCCCACCGUGCCUUCAUCAGGGACAUCAGCCAGGCUCCCUCCCUGCGUCAGCACAUCCUCAGCUCUGCAGACCUGCGGCUCCGCGAGGCGUUCAACCACUGCAUCACAGCACUGGUGGACUUCAGGUCCCACCACAUCGCCAUCGUCACCAAAUACAUCGCUGUGGCCAAGGUCAGGGCAGGGCAGGAAGAGGCUGGUUCCAUUGGCAAACCCCCAGCUGCACUGGAGGCCAAGGGGACCGGAGGGUCACACAUCUUCAUCUUCCUGAAGAGCGUCAGGGACAGCACCAGGGAAGGGCUGAUCAGUGCCUGAUGCCUGGCACGGUGCUUGCUGCACCUUCCUGCUUGUGCAGGUGGUCUCAGCUCACUCCUCCCCACUGCCAGCCCCUUGCCUUCCCUUCAGCAUCUCUUCAGGAUGUCAUGAUUCCACGCUGCUUUGAACACGAGCCUGUCUAAAGGAGGAGAGAGUGCUGCCAUCCAUCACCCCAAAGCACACAGGGAGCACCAUCCCGAGGCACCAGCAGGAUUGUGCCACCCGAUGUCCUCUGUGACACUGGGACUCUGCUGCAGGAAUAACACAGCCUAAUAAAGCUGCAGCUCCUAGGAACGAAGCAUGCUGCCGGGCUCAUUACAGGGACGAUUCUCAGGUGCUCAUCUGCCCUAGAACUCCCCAGAAACCCAAACGUGCUCCCCCGGCUGAG